AUAACAUAACCUUAAAAAUUUGUUUUUAUUUCUUUAAAUUAAUUUUAUUUAAAUUCAUUUUUAGUAUAAAUCAAAAAAUGGUUGAGGAAAAUCCAAAAUCGUUAAAACGAGAAGAUUUUAUGGAUUGGGAGGAUUAUUUUAUGGCAACGGCGUUUCUUGCUGCAAAAAGAAGCAAAGAUCCCGUUACGCAAGUUGGAGCUUGUAUUGUAAGCCCCGAUAAUAAAAUAGUGGGAAUCGGAUACAAUGGGAUGCCUACCGGUUGUAGCGACGAUGAAUUUCCUUGGGGAAAACAACCAAAUAGUUUAGAAUCGAAAUAUCUUUAUGUUUGCCACGCCGAAAUGAACGCAAUUUUAAACAAAAAUGUAUUUAAUGUAAAGGGAUGUAAAAUUUACGUCGCUUUAUUUCCAUGUAAUGAGUGUGCGAAAUUUAUUAUUCAAUCAGGAAUAACCGAGGUUAUUUAUAUGUCUGAUAAGUACGCUGAUAAGAUAGAAACUAAAGCUUCGAAAAGGAUGUUUGAUGCUGUGGGAAUUACAUACAAACAAUAUAAACCCAAACAAAGUAGGGUUGUGAUUGAUUUCGAUGAAGUUAAUUGGAAUAAUAUGAGACAAGAACCAGGGACUCCACAUAAACAUCAAAAUAAUGGUGUUUAAUUUUUAUAUUUUCCUUCAAAUACAUCACUUUCUAUUUUUUUAGAUUAAUUAAAGACUUUGUACAACAUAUACAUAAUUUUGAGUUGUUAUUAUCUUAUUGAAAGUUUUUAGUAAAGUUAAUUUGACAAUUAGAAGAUAUGUAAACAACAACAAAUUAAAAAUCAGCGAAAAAUUCA